CUGCUGCCGCCGCCGCCGCCAUGGCGGGUCGAGGCUCCGGCUCCUCCGAGCACUUCGAGCGGCUGCACGAGAUCUUCCGGGGGCUGCAGGCGCAGCUGCGGGGCGUCCCGGAGAGACUGCGGGGGAGCGCGGCCGAAGAGAAGAAGAAACUAAUACGAGAAUUUGAUGAGAAACAACGGGAGGCAAAUGAAACGCUGCGGGAGAUGGAAGAAGAACUGAAAUAUGCCCCAGUGUCCUUCCGCAACCAAAUGAUGAACAGAAUCCGAACCUACAAGAGAGACCUUGCCAUGUUCCAGAGAGAGAUUAAAAGCACAGAUUUGGGGUUGGGCCCUGGAAGUCGAGGGGACACAAAAUACGGAAUCUAUUCCAUGGAAAAUGAGCAGUGUACUCAUUUGCAGUCGCAGAGGGGGUUGCUUCUCCAGGGGACAGAGAGCCUGAACCGAGCCACUCAGAGCAUUGACCGUUCACACCGGAUUGCUGCAGAGACGGAUCAGAUAGGUACAGAGAUAAUCGAGGAACUUGGGGACCAGCGAGAGCAAUUGGAACGCACCAAAAGCAGAUUAGUGAACACAAGUGAAAACUUAAGCAAAACCCGUAAGAUCCUGCGUUCCAUGUCGAAAAGAGUUAUGACUAACAAGUUGCUGCUGUCUGUCAUCAUCAUCCUGGAACUAGCCAUCCUAGGAGGUGUGGUCUACUACAAGUUCUUCCGAAAGAGCUGAGCUUGCACAGCCCAGAUUGGUGUUCCCCUUUGUCUCUCAAGGAUUAUGCAUGGACAUAGCUGAGAAACUGGGUGGCAUAGCUCCAGAAGAAGUGGAUGAGAUGUCUAUUCCAGUUGAAAGUCCUCUGGUUGAGCUGUCAGGUACUGACUCUAGAAAGACAUGGCGGUCAAAGAAAAUGCAAAGACUAAGACUGAAGUAAUGGUAAUAGACAGUAAUUAUUUUAUUGUCUAAAUUUACAUACUUCUAAUUGACUAAAUGAAUAAAACUUAUCAUAUAGUAGUUAUUGGUCAAAUGAAGAAAACUAGUCUCAAAAAAAGAGUGAAACACUCCAUUUCACAGAGCCAUUAAUCUAGUCACUCAAGUGCCUCAGGAGAGCCCCGGAAUGCCCAAUGUGAAGUGUCUUCCACCACCUGGGGGUCCUAAAUCCUCACUUGCUCUUCACUGUCUGAUUCAUCUGGUGAAUUAGGUGUUGGGAGUUCAUCAAAAACAGUAUGUGCUCCUUCUCUUGUGUGCCCAAAGCACGUUGCUAGCACAUCCACUGCAAGACUGGCUGUAGCAUUCACUUCCUCCUGCGAGGCUCCAAGCAAUGGGUUUACUUCAACCAGGUCCACAGCUGAAAGCAAUCCUGAGAAAAAAGUAACAACCCAUCAAAUAGCAGGAACAGAAGUCCAGCAAGAGAUACACACCCAGAACCAUGGCAGCAUGAAUUCUACUAGUCACCAAGUGCAUAUCCCCACCCUUGCACUUUAACACACCCUGGGAAAAGGUAAGUCUAUCCCCAAGUGCUAGAAUUCCAACCACAGUGCUGUCUGUGGAUCUUGCUCAAAGGCUGCUUCUGGCUAGCAGAUGUGAAUAUUGAACCUGUUUGAAGAACAGAAUGGGGAGGCCCCUGGGGCCUCUCACAUGUUAUUGGAGGUAGUACUAGUCUACAUUAUGACCAGCGACUGUACCACCUCCACACCUUUCCCAAGCACCAGUACAAUGAUUAUACAGCAAUGAAACAAACAGUGAGAACUGUCUAUAAGUAGAGCUGCUGCACCUAUCCAGCUGUAGACUCAAGAAAGCAAUGCCUCUUUACAUUCUAAAAGAUCUUACAGCCACAAAAGUGGAAGUUUAAAAUGAGGAAAAGAUUUGUUCAGCUUCUCUUCCUCCAAAAGUGGCUACUGACAUUUCAGCUAUGCUUUUGGAGUUUGAACUGAACCACUGAUUCCCAUAAUAUCUAGCAGUUAUGCAGUUGAGGUCUUAGUCUGGUAAAAUAGCACUGGCCGCUUUGUCCACUUAAUAUUGAGCCUGUUGCUUAGGUUCAACACUGCUCCAGAUCUGUCCAGAACACAGUAUAUGAGCACAUCUAGAUGGAGUGUUAAGAUUGUCAAACAAGGAACAAUAACAAUCCCUGGUGAGCGAAGGUCCUAUCUAAAGUGAGAUAUCCUUGCCCCAUUCUGAAAAGCUUGUGGUACCUUAAAUGGGCAUAGCUGAGAGUCUUGUUUUAGCAAGACUGGUGUUCUGGGAUAGAACAAGUAUGUCACAUUCAUGGAAGCAAGAGUGAUCAGUGGAUUGUCAGGGGCUGACUACCAGGUUAGCAUUCUUCUCCUUUAAGUUUUUUUCCCCUAGUGGAAGCUUGAACCUUGGUUUUAGGAUCACUUGCAAGCUGAGGGACAGAUUUUUAGAACUGGGUAUGUACAAAAUAGGUGCAACCAUUUUUAAUAUGCAGUUACCACACUUAUGCAAAAAAGGAAUUCUGAUGUAAAACUGGUCAUUCAUGCAUGUGUCAAGUUCUGAAAGUCUGGCCCCAUCUAUUCAUUGCCAGAUAAAGUAGGGAUCUAUAGCAUUCUGAUCUACUGUACCAUGCCCUUUCAAAAUCAUUGAUGUAAAGUUUUACUACUUAGUCCUGUCAGUCUGGUUAUAGAGAAGCAACUUGAAAUGCAUAUCUGGUUUAAGGUGACCUGUUAAUGUCUCAAAUAACUUCUUGUAAAGAGAGAACUAGCUCUUGGUUAAGAGGCUUGUGUGAUAAUUGGGUUUAAUCAAACACUGCUGGUUGAUUUCUACCUGUAUUGUGUAUUUCCUCCGUAAUGUACAUGCCUUCCCGAUAUGUUAAUCCACCUAAAACAGGCGUCCCUGUUGCUGGAGCCAGUGAAGGAUCAAAAGCAUCAAUGUCAAAGCUCAGAUGAAUUGGUCUUUGUCUCCUGCAGAAAAAUAAAAUUGAUGGCUUGA